GAGAUGAUGGAUGGAGGGAUGAAGAACUCCAGAGACGGAGGAUGGGGAUGGAUGAUCGUUGCUGCUUCUUUCGUCACCAUGAUCUGCACUCGCUCUGUCACCAGGUGUGUUUCGAUCUUCUUUGUGGAGUUUCAGAUGCAGUUCUCCACAGAUUACUCCACAACCUCGUGGAUUCACUCCCUGCUGGACUUUACCACUAUGCUCUGUGCUCCUCUCGGUAGUUAUGUAGGAAACCGCCUGUCCACUAGAGUGGCAGUGAUGACUGGAGGACUUUUAUCUUCUGUUGGACUCGUCAUCAGUUCCUUUGCCCCCAGUCUGCAGUUCCUGUACAUAUCUCUGGGAAUUCUCACAGGUUUGGGAUUUGCCCUCAGUUACACACCAGCGGUAGCGAUGGUAGGCACAUAUUUCAAUGAGAGGAAGGCUCUGGCAUAUGGAAUUACCAUGUCUGGAAGAGGCAUUGGAAUCUUCAUCCUUCCUCCUCUGGUUCAGCACCUCAUCGACCGGUACUCCUGGAGGGGGGCUCUUCUUACAUUAGGGGGUCUUGUUUCAAACUUGUGUGUCUGUGGGUCUCUUAUGAGGCCCCUAGUGGGUGAAAAAGAGAAUGUGAAACCGAACCUGGAUGAACCUGAUGUUCAGGAGGAUUUAAAAACAGUCAAAUUGACUGAUAUCGGUCAAAAUGAGGAUAAAUGUGAUAAAGAGCAAGAAGAAGAAAAGAGUCUGCUUAGAUCUCGGGGAGGACAAGCUAGCCAUGAAGGGGUAGGAGUGAAAAUGAAAGAUUCCAACCAAGAAGAGGUGAAGGACAAAGAGGAAGAACAUGAAGAAUAUUCAGAAGGCCUCAUGCUAACAGAUACUGAGAUGAGCUUACAAGAUUCAAAGCAAGACACAAGCAGCGAGCCCACUAACUUGAAGGACUCAUCAAUGGAGUCAAUUGUAAAGGAUACAAAUCUAGACACAAAGCUAACUACAGCUGAACUAGCUGUAGCUGAACUACAGAUUGCUGACUUGAAGCUGCAUGACUCAAAGCUAAUCAACUUAAUGGUAGCUGACACGAAACAAACUGACUCAAAUUUAGUCUGUUCAGUGCUAGGCAACUCGAAACUAGCUGACUUGGAUGCGCAAACUGACUCAAAAUUAGCCAAGUCAAAGAUUUGUGUCUUAGGGCUAGCUGACUCAAAACUAGCUGACUCAGAGGCAACUGAUUCAAAAUUAGCUGACUCAAUGCUAAAUGACUUAAACCUAGCCAAAUUAAUGCUAGCUGACCCAAAGCUAGCAACCCCAAAGCUACCUGACUCACAGCUGCUUUGUGAAACGGUGUCUUCCGAAGGUCCUGUUUUUCCGAUCAAGCAGUUGAGAAAAAGGAGAAAACCGGAAUGUUGUUUCUUCCCAUCAUCAGACAAGUACAGCUUCCUGUUCAAGCUUGACUUCCUGUUGCUCUCAGUAUCCUUCCUGUUCCUGGCGUUUGGCUGCAGUGUGCCGUUCGUGUACCUGGUGCCGUAUUCUCUCAGCGUGGACAUCAGCCAACAUCAGGCCGUGCUCCUCAUGUCCAUCCUAGGAGGUAUGGGAAUUGUGGGUAAUAUCACUUUUGGAUGGAUCUCGGACAGGAAGUGUUUGAGGAGAUUUCGUGUAGUCACUUUUCUGAUCGCAGUGGCGUUCGAGGGACUCGGUUGCCUCUUUGUGCACUUGUUAAGGAGUUUUUCCACACUCGUGUCCUUCUCCGUUUUCUACGGCUUCUUCGACGGGGCCUACAUGGCUCUCAUCCCUGUGGUCACCUGUGACAUCGUAGGCUCCGCCCACCUGUCCUCAGCUCUGGGUGUGAUUGGCUUUUUGCAUGCCAUUCCAUACCUCAUCAGCCCACCAAUAGCAGGUUGGCUGUUGGAUCGGUCAGGUUCUUACACAGCGCUCUUCCUCCUCAGUGGACUCUCACUUCUCUGUAGUGCUUUCCUCUUGGCUGCUCUGGCCUUACUGCGUUACUGCUGUAGGGAGCGCUCUGCCUCACUGCAAAACCCACACCAGGCCUAAAGUCACUGACACAACAUCUCUAAAAGCACCUUUCUCAGGAAAGAAAAAUCACAGAACUGCAAAAAAGAAUAAAUAAAUCAAUCCAGCCCAAGAGAAUCUCUCUGUCUGCCUGUGUCUGUCUUUCUGUCUGUCCAUCUUCAUCUGUUUAUCUGUCUGUCUCUGCCUGUCUGUUUAUCUUUCCUUCAAUUUUCUGUCUGUCCAUCUAUCACUCUGUCUUUCUGUCUGUCUGUCUGUCUGUCUAUCUGUCCUCCUGUCCCUGUCUGUUCAUCUGUCUGUCCAGAAGAGUGUGUAAUAAUGAAGUAAAAUGAAGUGUAAAGUUAAAGCUAUAUGGACAUGCACAUUUAUAUGUGUUCACUAUCAUUGCUAAUUAGCUAGUUAGCAAGUAUGCUAUUAGCUAGUGACAAUAGUGCUACAAUAGUGCAGUAGUCAUGGGGAAGUUCUUCUGUUGAUGUUACUGUAACGUGUGAUAACAGUUCAUCUGUUGAUGCAGGUAAAAGUAAUAACUAGUCUGUUAUUCAGGAUAACUAUUUAUGGUAACUAUUAAAGCAGCCAUUUGUAAUUAAUACAUCUGUCACUCAGUGCUCUUAUUUAAAGCUGAUGUCUCUAAAACAAUCCUUCUACACGUCUCAAUGGAUAUUUCAAUGCCAGCUGAAAUGUUAUUAAAGGAUAAACCACCAUUAAAUAAGCGCACAUUAUCCUCCUGCGUGGUUUAGUAGGUGAGCGCUGCACCUGUCUCAGGGCGAGGAACCGGGUUAGGAACCAGUCCUCAGCGAGCUGGGUAUAAGUUGUACAUCAUAGCUGUAGGACGUGGCUCAGUGGGUGGAGUCUGUCAAAGGAUCAGUGUGUGUGUAUAAUAAUAGUGUAUAGUAUAACAGUGUAUAAAAGUAUGUAAUAUAGGAGCGUAUAAUGUAGUAUA